AUGACUUGCAGGAGACUGUGGAGGGCUCUGUCGAGGCGGCGCGUCGACGACGACCAAGCCGGAAAGAGCGAGCUGGCCCGAGUCCUCGGGUUGAUCGACCUCACGGCUCUGGGCGUCGGUUCCACCCUCGGUCUCGGCGUUUACGUCCUGGCCGGUAGCGUGGCCAAAGAGACCGCUGGCCCGGCAGUCUGCAUAUCUUUUCUCAUAGCGGCGAUCGCCUCCGCUUUCGCUGGGAUGUGUUACGCUGAAUUUGCUUCACGAGUACCGAAAGCCGGUUCAGCCUACGUAUACAGCUACGUGACGGUCGGCGAAUUCAUCGCCUUCGUGAUCGGAUGGAAUUUGAUAUUGGAAUAUGUCAUAGGCACGGCAAGCAUGGCAAGGGGUGUGAGCAGUUACAUCGACGUACUCACGAAUUACACGAUCGAGAGAGCUUUGCACGGGGCCAUGCCGAUUCGAGUAUCGUUCUUGUCGCAAUAUCCCGAUUUCUUCGCCAUGGGCAUGGUCAUUUUGUUGACUUUGUUUCUUAGCGUGGGGGUCAAAGAGUCCUCGAUGCUCAACAACAUUUUCACGACCAUCAAUUUGGUGACGAUAUCGAUUAUCGUUGUAUCUGGCAUUAUCAAAGCGGACACGAACAAUUGGUUCAUCGAUCCAAGCGAUAUACCCGCGAACGUAACCAAUCCAGGAAACGGUGGUUUCAUGCCCUUCGGAAUCAAGGGUGUCAUGGAGGGCGCAGCCAUCUGCUUCUACGGCUUUGUCGGAUUCGACGCGGUCGCCACUACUGGCGAGGAGGCCAAAAAUCCUCAGCGCAACAUACCCCUCGCCAUCGUCUUCUCUCUGGCCAUAAUUUUUCUGGCUUAUUUCAGUAUUUCGACCGUACUCACGAUGAUGUGGCCCUACUACGCCCAGGACCCUUUGGCGCCAUUUCCUCACGUUUACGAUCAGAUCGGCUGGCCCGCCAUCAAGUGGAUCGUCAACAUAGGCGCGAUCUUUGCUCUCUGUACCAGUCUGUUGGGGGCAAUGUUUCCACUGCCAAGAGUGCUCUAUGCCAUGGCCAGCGACGGUGUCAUUUUUAAAUUCCUGGCCAGAGUUCAUCCACGAACUAUGACGCCUGUCCUCGGCACUGUACUCUCGGGGGUUCUAACAGGGAUAAUGACUUUACUAUUCGAUCUUCAGCAGCUGAUUAAUAUGAUGUCUAUUGGAACUCUGCUUGCUUAUACGAUAGUCGCCGUUUCGGUUCUGAUUCUCAGGUAUCAAAGAGAAGAGUCGAGCUCAAAGCCAUAUGCUCCUGAAGCAACUGAACCUUAUUCAACUUCGAGUAGUUACUUUAAGCAGAUACUCAAUCUUCACAAUCAAAAAGAACCCAGCGAUUUUUCCACUUUAACAGCCAAAUACGGAGUUUUGAUUUUCAGUAUUCUCGUCUUCAUUGUUGGCUUACUGGUGAACAAUUUCAAUGUAUUCGAAGGAGACGCUUCAUCAUUCAUAUUCGCCAUAUUCGUGCUUUUGGCUAUUCUUGUCGCGGCUACGAUCGGCAGGCAACCGGUUCAAGAAUCUGAUUUAUCGUUCAAAGUGCCCUUGGUUCCAUUAAUACCUUGUUUGAGUAUACUCAUUAAUCUCUACUUGAUGCUUCAACUCGACUUUUAUACGUGGAUAAGAUUUUUGGUUUGGAUGAUUAUCGGAUUUUGCAUAUACUUCUUUUAUGGAGUGCACAACAGCGCUCAAGGCGAACGAGAUCGCUUGGAAGCUGAAAAUUUAGCUCGUAAAUAUGCUGAUCAAGUUCAAACAAUUUCAAAAUGUUGAUGUGAAAUUGCAUCCACAGCAAUCGAGAUGAUGUCUUACGAGUCAGCAGUAUUACCAAAAAAUGAAAACUUUUAGCUACAAAAAAAAUUAAUUAAUAAGAGACUGGGGCUCGAUUUUUUUACCGUAUUUAAUGAUUCAUGAUUGCAAUUGUUUUGAAAACAGGUCCCGUUUCAAAACAAAAACAGAGAAAUAAGUGAGGAACGUUUAUUUUUUCCACUAUAUCUUAUCACUUAAGAACCUCGAUAGGUGCUCAUUGGAUCCAAAGUUUACGUAAAAUUUUUUCCUUUUAGCCGCGAAUUAUAAUAGAUUAAGUUGAAUGAAUUGUUUGGGACUUAUAUUUCGGAAAAAAACACAAAAACCCGAGCAGCUUGCUUUACAAGUCUCGCUCAAUGUGUACAUUAGCAAAAAAAUGUAACGUUAAUUUAAAAUAUUUAAGAUUACAUUUGGGACGUCUGAGCGGGUGUGAAUGUAAACAUAUAAAUUAUUUUAAUUUACCAAGUUUUUUGAUAAUGACGGGCUGUGCGAAUUCAUCGUUUUAUAAUCCCAAUUAUCAAAUUGUGCAAGUCAACUGUAGAAAAACAUUUUUGUGGAUUGUAUUAUUCAUGUAAAUAGAUGCCCAAUGAUUCAUAUGAUGAAAAAAUAGACACAGUAUCUUUGUGUAAAUAUGUACUUAAGCGUGCUGCAUUCGAGCUAUUCAAAUAUAAAUUUAAUGCAACUGUAAAAAAGAAAUAAGUAUAACAAUUUAACUGUACAGAUGUUUAUUUCAUAUAACCAAAUAGACUUAUAUUUAAAUAUAUCUUUAUAAACAGAAUUUUAUACCAACCAAAAUAAAUGAUGUUGGUAAUGAUCGAUUAUAAUAAUUAUAAUGCCAAGGCAUACAUAAUGAGUAAUUCAAGUCUCAGCGAUUCUUUGAAUAUAUAUUACUGGUAUUAAAUACAACAUUGAAUGAAGAAAAAAUAUUUUUGAGAAUUCUCAUAAAGAUUAACAUUUAUCAUAAAUGCAAGCGAAUUAGGUUGAGGAGAUAUAACUCAAAAUAUUAUUAGUAGCUGAAAACUAAUAUAUUCACUAGCCAAAAAUCAUGGAAUGAUUAGGAUCAUAAUGUAAAUUUUAAAUUAAAAAUCAGUAAUGAGAAAUUAGAUGAAAAAUACUACUUUGAGAUCACAUUGUUAAAAAUAAAGGUAGUGCGUCACUCCUAAUGUACCAUUGUUCAAAAGUCUCAUUUUGAGUUACUACUGAGAUUCUAUGUAAAGGAAUAAAUACACCUAUGCAAUAACAAAAAAAUUAUCCUUAAUUGUGUAGAGCAUUUAAGACUUUUUUCAUUUUCUAAU